AUGGCCGACAAAAACACAUUUGUCCACUCAAUCCAAGACGAGAACAAAUUGGGGUCGUUACUGCACACGCUCAAAGACAUGACCAACGUCGCCAACGUCGCCAACCUCAACAAACACUUGUCCUCGCUUCACGAGUCGCAACAGCUGCUUCAAACUCAGCUCCACAGGGUUGAAACGUUGGCAAGCCAGACGAAUGUCGACUUGGAGCAAUUGUUUGCUCGACUGAAGAGCAACAACGAAAACUUGAAUAAGCUCUUGCUGAGUAUGGUUGAGUAUUCAAGGGAUGUCACCACCGAGGGCAACGCCACUAAGGCCGACAUGAAGCUCAUCUUGGACGCGUUGGACCAGAUCAAGUCGGCGAGUGGUUAUGCACGCGAGGUGAAAGAGCAGCUUGCUUCGUCAAGGGACGAGUCAUCUCGGGACAGCAGCGAGCUCAAGAGCACGAUGGCGGAGUUGUUAGCCGAGGUUCAUGCCGCGAUGGCCAAGAUUGUUCAGCGACAAGAUGAAGUGUCGAGUCGGUUGCUGGACGGUGCGACGAUGAGCGCAAGGGACAAGGAUGAGGUAUUGGAUAGUUUGAGACAGGUGCAAGUGUUGCUAAACAAGGAGCGGGACAUACGGCGUGAUUUUGAAGUUGGGGUAACUCGGAAAACCGACGAGAUUCGCGAGCGAUUAGAGCUGGAUUCAGGCACGUCGAGGACAACUCAGGAAAAGCUAUUACACUGCGUGGAAGAAGUUAAAAACUUGCUAGAGACUCAAGCGCAGGAGCAACUUUUGCUCAAGAGGACUUUGAAUCUUCAACACGAUUACGACACGAUUCAACACAAGUACGAUUCCUUGACGGAAAACUUUAAUUCACUUAAUGAAAAGUACAAUGAGAAAUUCCAGCAGUAUCAACUGCUAAUGGACAAAUUUCGACAAUUGUCUGCUCAAGUGGCGGAUCACGAAGUUAGCGUCGCGUCGCCGUUGCCCCAUAUCGCCAACUUGCAAAAAUUCCAUCAUCACGCCCUCAAGUCGCUCGAUUCUCAAAAUAUCAAACAGGAGAAACGGAUUGCGACGAUGCCGACCAAUUUUACCAACAAUUCAGACGAUGACUAA